CCACGUUCCUGCGUGUCCCCAGCUGUGACCUGGGCGUGUUUGUCACCCAGAGUGUCCCCAGAGUAUCCCCGGGGUGUCCCCAGAGUGUCCCCGGGGUGUCCCCAGCGACCAUGGAGCCCCUCGAGCUGUCCCCGGCCAUGCUGCAGCCACAGGUCACCGUGGUGGCCACCCUGGGCAAGCUACUGGCCACCCUGCCCAGUCUGGACGAGAUGAUGCUGCUGAACCAGUCUGCAGGGCGCCUGUACUGGGACCUGGUGGACUUCACCGAGGACCUCCAGGACACCCUGUACCGCACUGGUGACACCUGGUGGCACCACAAUGUCACCUCCAAUAAUGAUGACCCUCCCACCUCCCUGAGCCAGGCCCUGGCCGCCUACAAGAGCACCCCAUGGACCCCCCGGAACUGUGUGACAACGGCGGCCAGCGAGUGGCAGGGGUCAGUAGCCGCGCUCGUGGACAGAUGGGCCCGGCUGGCCAGGGCAGCCACCAAGCUCCGCAAUGCCUGCAGGACAGUGGCCACCAAGGCAGCUGACAAGGAGGCCAACGCCACCGCCUGGAAAAGACACAUGCAGGACAAGGCUGCCCGUUAUGGGACAGCGCAGGAAAACAUGGUGGAGCAGGGUCAGGCCCUAGGCAGGGAGGAGGGGGCCGAGGUGGUGACUGAGCAUGAAGCCUGGGUAAGGGAAGAGGCCAGGGAGGCUGCCAGUGAGGCGACCAAGGCCACCAAGGUGAGACAGCGCGUGGAGACGGCCCUGGGGCUGCUGGAGCGCUUGGUGGCCACGUGUGACAAAGCCACUGCCUUCCCCCGGGAGCUGCAGCGCCUCCUCAGGGACAUCGAGGCCGCCCUGGAGGGGACAAAUGAGGUGUCCCCCGAUGUCCCCGAGGCCUUGGUGAUCAUGGUGGCCGUGGCCGAGCGGCUGUGGGACGCCAACGCCCGCCUGGCCCAGGAACACCUGCUGGGGACACUUCAAGACAUCAAGUUCUUGUUCAGUGGUCGUCCUGCCAGCCCCAGUGCCUGUGGGGUGGCCGAGUGGUGCCAAAGAGCCAUUGAGGACAUCCCAAGGCUCCUUCAACCACCAGAGUGUCCCCAGAGCAUCCCCAAUGUGUCCCCAGUGAGCGUGGAGCUCCAAGAGCUGUCCCCAGUCCUGCUGCAGCCACCGGUUGCUGUGGUGGUCACCCUGGAUGACCUGCUGGCCACCCUGCCCAGGCGGGACACGAUGCUGCUGAGGUCUGCAGAGAGCCUGCACUGGGGCCUGGCGGACUUCACCAGGGGGCUCUGGGCCACCCUGUACCACCUUGAUGGCACCUGGUGGCACCAAAAUAUCCGCUCCAAUGAUGAUGACCCUCCCACCUCCCUGAGCCAGGCCCUGGCUGCCUACAAGAGCACCCCAGGGACUCCCCGGAACCACGUGACAACGGUGGCCAGCAAGUGGCAGGGGUCGGUGGCCACGCUUGUGGACAGCUGGGCCCAGCUGGCCAGGAAAGCCACUGAACUCUCCAACAUCUGCAGGGAGGUGGCCACUGAGGCGGCCGACAGGGUGGCCACCGCCACCACCCGGGCCAGGGAGCUGCAGGACGAGGCUGCUCGUGGUGGGACAGCUCAGGAAAACAUGGUGGAGCUGGGUCAGGGUUUGGGCAGGGAGGAGGGGGUCGAGGUGGUGGCCGGGCAUGAAGCCCGGGUGAGGAGAGACGCCAUGGUGGCUGUCAGCGAGGUAACCAGGGCCACCAAGGAGACACGGCAGGUAGAAGAGGCCCUGGAGCUGCUGGAGCACUUGGUGGCCGAGUGUGACGAAGCCACCGCCUUUCCCCGGGAGCUGCUGCGCAGGCUCAGGGACAUCGAGGCUGCCCUGGAGGGGACAAAUGAGGUGUCCCCCAAUGUCCCCGAGGACUUGGUAGCCAAAGUGGCUGAGGCUGAGCAGCUGUGGGAGGCCAACGCCCACCUGGUUAAGGCUCACCUGCUGGGGACAGUUGAUGACAUCGAGUUCUAUUUCACUGGUGGUCCCGCCAGCCCCAGUCCCUGUGGGGUGGCUGAGCGGUGCCUGAGAGCCAUCGAGGACAUCCCAAGGCUGGUUCAACUCCCGACACGUCCCCAAGCUGUCCCCAAGGUGUCCCCAGUGAACAUGGAGCCCCAAGAGGUGCAAUGGGCUGGGGAGGGAGAGAGGGGGAUGGCUGGAGGGGAGAGGGGUUUGCAAAGGGGACAGGAGGAAGUGGCAGGAAGUGGAGAGGUGACAGAGGGGUGGAGGAGAACUGGGGGGGAGAGGGCAAUGGAGGAGAUGCUGCCCGUGUCUGCAUUGCGCCUGUACUGGGACCUGGUGAACUUCACCAAGGAGCUCCGGGCCACCCUACACCACACUGAUCACACCUGGUGGCGCCGCAAUGUCAUCUGCGAUGAUGAUGACCCUGUCACCUUCCUGAGCCGGGCCCUGGCUGCCUACAAGAGCACGCCAUGGACCCCCUGGGACCAUGUAACAAUGGCGACCAGUGAGUGGCUGCACUCUGUGGCUGUAGUUGAGGAGAGCUGGACUGAGCUGGCCUGGGCAGCCACCAAGCUCAGCAAUGCCUGCAGGAGGGUGGCCGCUGAGGCAGCCGACAUGGCAGCCACUGCCACCGCCUGGGAAAGGCACAUGCAGGACAAGGCUGCCCGUGAUGGGACAGCUCAGGAAAACAUGGUGGAGCUGGGUCAGGCCCUGAGCAGAGAGGAGAGGGCCGAGGUGGUGGCCGGGCAUGAAGCCUGGGUAAGCAGACAGGCCAGGGUGGCUGCCAGGAAGGCAACAACGGCCACCAAGGUGAGACAGUGGGCAGAAGUGUCCCUGGGGCUGCUGGAGCACUUGGUGGCCGCGUGUGACAAAGCCACAGCGUUCCCCCGGGAGCUGCUGCACAGGGUUGAGGACAUCGAGAUCACCCUGGAGGAGACAGACGGGGAGUCCUCCGAUGUCCCCGAGGACUUGGUGGCCAAGGUGGCCGAGGCCGAGCGGCUGUGGGAGGCCAACAUCCGUCUGGCCAAGGAUCACCUGCUGGGCACACAUGGGGACAUCAUCAAAUUCUAUUUCACUGGUGGUCCCGCCAGCCCCAGUGCCUGUGGGGUGGAUGAGCGGUGCCAAAGAGCCAUCGAGGACAUCCCAAGGCUCCUUCGACCCCCGGAGUGUCCCCAGACCAUCCCCAAGGUGUCCCCAGUGAGCGUGGAGCUCCAAGAGGUGCGACCGGGUUGGGAUUAA